UGUCGUCUCUAAUACCAUUUUGAAGUCCAAAAUUCAAAAAUAGAUCGUGCACACUGCCCACUGCCCAGUUAUAUUUGUGAUUUGUUUUCGAUAAGCGUUAGUAGGUAGUUACUUAUUUAUCACCGAACGAAAGCCUUAAGUUUCCAAAAUGCCAAGAGGUAAAUGGACUAAUCACAAAGGAAGGAGCCGCAGAUUUACAAAUCCUGAAGAACUAGAAGAACAAAGAAAACGUGAAGAACAGGAAAGAAGGUGGAAGAAAAAUAACAGAGGUGAUGAUGAAUCAUCAAGCGAAGAAGAAAAACCUGCAACCAAAGGAGACAAAAGCAAUAGUGAGGAUGAAUCUGAGAGUGAAAGUGAAUCUGAAGAAGAAUCUGAUGAUAAUAAAAAAGGUGUUGCUGGCCUGAUACAAAUUGAAAAUCCAAAUAGGCGACAGUUAAAAGCAAAGAAAUUAGCUACGCUUAAUGAAACCUUAGAUACAGCAGAACCAGCUCAGUUAUCUAGACGUGAAAGAGAAGAAGUUGAAAGACAGCGGAAAAAACUACAUUAUCAAAAGCUGCAAGCUGAAGGUAAAACAGAUGAAGCAAGAGCAGAUUUAGCUAGAUUAGCAAUCAUUAAACAACAGCGUGCGGAAGCUGCUAAAAAGAGAGAAGAUGAGAAAAAAGAGAAAGAAAUGGCCAAGAUUCAAAAAUCAGCCGAGAUGCAAAAAGCGCUCGGAAAAUAGAAAAAUUUAUAUUAUGGACUGAUAUGUAAUGUAAGAAUUAAAUUACAAUUAUGUUCAAUUAUUAUGUUAGGCAGCCAUUUUCAAUAUGCUACUAUAAUUUAUGCUUUCAGUUGUAAUAGUUAUUUUAAUUAUCAUGUUUUACAGACAUUCAUCUAAAUUAAAUAUCUA